CGGCCUACGGCCCCGGGUAUCCGCCCCCGGAAGCUGUGGAAGGGAUAUAAGGAGACUGGCUGGCCUCCUUUCUUGGCCCCUGACGCCUUCCAGUCUGACACUGAAGACUUUAUAAAUGUCCCCGCCCCCUCCCUCCAAGGGCCUUUCCUCGCGGCCUGGGCUUGCGCCACUUCGAGAUAUUCCUGGGGGUCGCGCCCUUCUGGUCUCGUCCACGAAGCGUCGUUCUUGAGCGUUAGGAGCUGCUGGAAAGGGUUCUGACAGACCCACCCCUCUUCACCCAGGAGGUGAGAAGGAGGGCAGGCCUUCUUAAUCUGCUCAGAGUGUUAAGUCAUCGCUCACCACCUUGGGUAGAAGCCCUGGAUACAUUGCUUGCCCUCUCGGAAGGCAGGCUCUGAAUUUGAUUCAGGACUCAAGAUGGCGCUGUGAGAACAACCCAGGAUUGGAGCUCGCGUUGUGUCCGCGGAAACAUGAUGAAACUGAAAUUCUGCAAAAAGAUUAAGUAACCUAUUCAAGGUCACACAGCUGCAUCUAGGAUUAAAGCCCAUGUCCACCUGAUUCAUUCAUGCAUCCACUCCUGUAUUCAUUUGACAAGCAUUUAUUGUGUGUCUGUUGUGCUUGGUGAGGAAAUACAGUAGUGCACAAGAAUUACAUCAUCCUCACUCUCAUGAGAGUUUCCAGCCAUUUAAACAAAUAAUUGCAAAGGUAUAUUUCUUAAUAGCUAACCAGCACAAUGGAAAACUCAGGGAAAGCAAAUAAAAAGGAUACAUAUGAUGGGCCACCAAAAGAAGUUAAAUUGCCUACCAGUGAAGCACUUCUAGACUAUCAAUGUCAAAUAAAGGAAAAUGCAGCAGAGCGAUUCAUGUUUCAAAUAAAGACACUUAGGGAAAAGAAUCAAAAAUAUCAUGAAAGAAAUAGCCACUUAAAAGAGGAACAGAUUUGGCACAUACGGCAUCUACUAAAGGAACUGAGUGAAGAGAAGGCAGAGGGAUUGCCAGUUGUAACAAGAGAGAAUGUUGAAGAAGCAAUGAAGGAAAAAUGGAAGUUUGAAAGAGACCAGGAAAAAAACUUGAAAGAUAUGCGCAUACAAAUAAGUAAUGCUGAGAAACUAUUUCUUGAGAAACUCGGUGAAAAGGAAUAUUGGGAGGAGUACAAGAACGUAGGGAGUGAACAACAUGCUAAACUCAUUACCUCCUUACAAAAUGACAUCAACACAGUUAAAGAGAAUGCAGAGAAAAUGUCAGAACACUAUAAAGUCACUCUGGAAGAUUCUAGAAAGAAAAUAGUCAAAGAAACUUUGUUGCAACUGGACCAAAAGAAGGAAUGGGCUACACAGAAUGCGGUAAAGCUCAUUGACAAGGGCAGUUAUCUAGCGAUCUGGGAGAAUGACUGGCUCAAAAAAGAGGUUGCAAUUCACAGAAAAGAAGUUGAAGAAUUACAAAAUGCUAUUCAUAAACUGGAAGAAGAAAAUUUGGUGCUUAUUGAUCAAUUAUUCAACUGUAGACUUGUGGAUCUCAAAAUACCCAGGCGACUAUAUCUUACCCAAGCUGCUGGACUAGAAGUGCCACCUGAAGAAAUGUCUUUGGAAUUGCCAGAAACACAUACAGAAGAGAAGUCAGAACUGCAACCCAUCAAAGCAGAAAGUGGAAACACGAUGCACUCAUCAGAUGAGAUCAGGACCUUACAUCUUAGUCAUGAAAAGAGCAUCACAGAUCUCCAGUAUGUGAAGACAGUUGAAGAGGAAAGCUCAUGCACAGAGUCUGGGGACACUGAUGUGAAGUACUUACUAUAUGAGGAUGAGAAGGAUUUCAAGGAUUAUGUAAACUUGGGCCCCCUGGGAGUGAAGCUUAUGAGUGUGGAGAGCAAGAAAAUGCCCAUUCAUUUUCAAGAGAAAGAAAUUCCAGUCAAACUCUAUGAAGGUAUCAGGAGCCCAGAAAGCCACAUCACGUAUAAGAUGAUGAAGUCUUUUCUCUAAGGCUGAAAUCUGCGAAGGAAACACAACUUUUCCUUAUAAAUAUUCUUUGGGAACUGAAGUAUAUUAUCUGUUGCCCAUUUUACUUACACUUUGCCUCAUUUUUAAACCAGCCGUUAUUGUUAAAGGUCAUAAUUACAUUUAAAAUCAAAGUUCCAGGUAUUCAGCUAUUCAUUUACUUGCAUGGUAUGAGUAACCACAAUGGAAGCACACUUUGUAUUUCUACAUUGAAGAAUUCAGAAGUAUGACAGUGGGUUUAAGGUGGUCUCUGACAUUCCUUUUCACACACACACAUACACACACAUACACAAAGCCACUGAUUAACCUGUGAUUCCAAUAUGAAAUACUUCCAUUAGAAAUGUUUCUAAGAAAAACUUAGAGGUUUGCAUAGCAUUGUCUAUAUAUCUUUCCCUCUGAGGAUGCUCAAUGUAAUGGACACCAUUCAAGCCAAUUCUUCUUAGUUUAACCAUGUGUAUUAGUCUGUUCUCAUGCUGCUAAUAAAGACAUACUCAAGACUGGGUAAUUUAUAAA